AUCUAGUGCUGUAGACAUGGAGGGGUCCAGUGGCAAGCUUUUUUGUUGCAGAUGGCUGUGCCACAGGGUUCCUGUGGCCCACAGAGAGGAACUGUACCACAUCCUGAAGAUGACAGGGCCUCUGCUGCUCUCUCGAAUCCUCAAUUACCUGCUUCCAUUUGUGGUUACAAUGUUCUGUGGCCGUUUGGGAAAUGACGUGAUGGCUGGCUAUGGAUUAGCUUCUGCUACUAUCAAUGUUACCACUGCAGCAACAGGAUAUGGUUUGGGACUAGCGUGUGAUACUCUGGUGUCUCAGACUUUUGGUGCUAAAAAUCUACUCCGCGUGGGCGUGAUCCUUCAGCGGGGCAUCAUCAUCCUGUUGUUGUUCUGUCUGCCUUGCUGGGGCCUCCUCAUUAAUGCCCAGGCCAUCCUGUUAUGUGUGGGUCAGAAUCCCGAGGUGGCAAGAAUAGCACAGCUGUAUAUUACAGCUUUCCUUCCUGCUGUACCAGCAAUGUUUCUGCAUCAUCUUCAGGUGUCUUACCUGCAGAAUCAGGGAAUUAUACUGCCACAAAUGUACACUGCUGCUCUGGCAAACAUAGCAAAUGUGGUGACAAACUAUACUUUUCUUCACUGGCUGGAUCUGGGUGUUGGUGGAUCUGCAGCAGCAAAUACUCUGUCUCAGAUUUACAUCUGUGCUCUUCUGUUUGCUUACAUUUGGUGGAAGAAGCUUCAUGUAACAACAUGGGGAGGCUGGUCUGUAGAAUCACUGCAGGACUGGGGCUCCUACAUGAAGCUGGCCAUUCCCAGUACAUUAAUGAAGUGCUUUGAGUGGUGGGUUUAUGAGUUUGGGGGAUUCUUUGCAGGAAUGCUGAGUGAAGAUGAGCUGGCAGCCCAGCAUGCUGUCAUAAUGGUGGCUUUCAUAACAUAUAUGUUCCCUCUUGGUAUUCAGGCUGCAGCGUGUGCCCGGGUGGGUAAUGCUCUUGGUGCAGGAGACACUGACAGGGCACUCCUAACCAGCAAGAUGUCCCUCACUCUUGCAGGUAGCAUUGCAGUUGUUGAAGGACUUGUCCUUGGCUCCAUCAAAACAGUGAUUGGCUUCAUCUUCACCUCAGAUGAGAAGAUCAUAGGUCUGGUCUCACAGUUGAUGAAUGCUUACUGUUUCCUUCAGUUCUUUGAUGGUCUCGUGUGUGUGUGCACAGGCAUUUUCUUGGGCACAGGGAAACAGAAGAUUCCAGCUGUGGCUAAUUUCAUUGGAUACUACUGCAUAGGGCUUUCCCUAAGUGUCACUUUAACAUUUGUUGCAAAACUAAGAGUUUUGGGAUUUUGGCUUGGACUGCUUGUUUGUGUCAUUUUACAGUCUACCUUCUACAUUAUUGUCAUCUUUAAGCUAAAUUGGGAGCGAAUCACUGAGGAGGCUGUGAAACGUGCUCAGAAAAAUCCUUCAUUAUUAAGCACAGCUGCUAUGACAGAUACUGUGGAUAACAGCACCGCUGAUCAAACAAGUAAUCUGAUGGAUGGCUAUAUGUCUGUGAGCACUGAGUGCCAAGAUAGGACCACUGUGGCCCAAGAUCCAGAUGCGACAGAGAAGCUGAAGGGCAGCCAUCUCUCAAUCACCCAACUGAUCCUCAGGCGAGGCCUCACUAUGUUUGCUGCAGUUGCACUUCUUGCUGUUGGAGCAGGUGUUCACUUCCUUGUGCCUUUGCCAGAAACCCUCUCUGCAAAGACCAACUCUACCUUUGACUCAAUCAACACUACGUAUACUGCUGAUCGAAAUUUCUCCAUCAUGUUGGUGCCAAAUGAAGAGUCAGAGUAA